UCAGGCAAGGCUGUCUGCAUGUUCAAGUCGCGAAAUAAUAAUCUUUUGUGAUCAGAGUCACGAUCUCUCUUUUUUUUUUCAUGGAGAAAAGAAAAUAGAAUACCUUAGAUACAAAAAAGUUAUUUCAUUUAUUUGUAUUGUUGCGGUAUUCAAAAAAGUCGUUUUAUGUUUGUGCCUUUGAGAAAUUGGAGAUUUUUUUAGCCUUUAAAAAGAAAAAGAUAGUAAAAAGACGUUGUUAACAUAUCUCAAAUUGGCUAUCGCAAUUUGAUAACAACACACGUCCAGCAAUUGACAUUUCUAGAAAAUAUUCAUACCAGUAGUAGUUAGGAAACUAUCGGCGAACUACAGUCAAGGAUAGUGUUGUUUCGAAGGUAAAAACAUGAAGAAACGUAGGCCGUGUUCGUGGAAUCAGGCACAAUCGUUGUCUAGAAAUUUACCAAAAGAAACAUGCCAGCGAACAGCUGAACUAGUAACAGGAAAAAGAAGGAGUUUACACGACGCGAAAAAGAGAUGUAUAAAGAGAAAUGCGUCGCAAGUACAUGUCAGAAAUGGUGAAAUCUGUAAUGAGACCGCAUUAAGCAGAGAAUUAUUUGGCUCGCUGGAAUCAUUGUUUGACGUGAAAAAACCUCUGCGUUUGCAAGAGUCGAUACCUUUACACCCACUGUAUCAAGGGGAGCAGGGCGAUACACCUGAUUCUUCGAUAAAUUCCAAGAGUCCGAGAUCGCCGCAUUAUCCAACAAGUAAUUCUAAAUCUCGAGACGGUUAUUCGGAGCCACACAUCCUUCAGCUAGACGACAGCAGUACAGAUGAGCUUGAAAAAUUUGGUUGCCUAGGAGAGAUAAUCGAAGAGACUUUUGUACAAGAGUACAAUAGAAGCGAAACUGCAGAAUUUUCCAGUAUGGCUGACAACGAAGGAAGUGUUGCUAAUGGUACCGAAGAUGACGAAAAUGGACCUCCGCCUCAUUCCAUGCCACCAGGGAUGGGGGAAGGAGUGCCGUUGAAAUCAGGAGGUCAUCGGGAGUCCAUCAUGAGUUCCAUACCUCUGACCGACACCGCAGUCAUGACUGAAAUGAAAGAAGCAGACAAAAGGUGCACAACGAUUGCAGCAGAAAUAGAGCAGUUGAAAAGAGAGCUGACAGAACUGACCAAUAAACAAGAUCUGACGGAGGAGGACACGUUGAAAAUAAAGGAAAAGCAAGAAAGCGUUAUGUCCAAGCUGGGAGAGUUUGAAAAAAUAACUAGAAAAUUGCAACGACAGUUGGGUCUGGCCGAUCCCUCGAGUCAAACUUUUGCCAAAAUGUUUGAAAUGCUCCCAUAUCCCCAUGGGAAACGUGUUUCGGAUGGAAAAAAUGCGACAAAAGGGAAAGGAGAGCAGUUUGACAUCCCGCAAACCGAAUACCCCGAAGACAAGCUACCGAGGGUGAUCGUCUGCGGUAACACGGAAGAGAAUAUUCCAAAAAUCGUAGUUGCGGACAGCGAGCGGACGGGCAAAAAGAAGUGUUUCCAAAAUUUAACUGGAAAAUUGAACGAAUCAUUGAACAUGCAAGAAAAACUGGUCAAGGAAAAUGCACAGCUAGAAGGGGGCAGGUACAAGUUGGAGGAGGCCCUCUUGGAAAAGGACAACGCAGUCGACAGCCUGCAGCGAAAAGUUUGCGGCUUGCAGGCUGAGAUGCGAAUAGUAGUCAAGGAGAAUUCUGAAUUGACUCGACAGCUGGUUUGUCUCAAUCAACGCAUCGGUUCGCCCUGUCAAUCGCCAUUGCCUCUGCCACCUACCACCGUCCGCCCUUACAGUCACAGCCGAAGUUUUUCACAAGAAGACGACAAUUCCUGCGCUUGCAAGUGUUGCCUGCAGCAAGAACGUGGAGAUACAUAUGCAACGAACAACAAUAAAACAGUUUGCGUCAACGACUCUUCCAGGGUCACCGGCAGUUAUAGUAGCAACGUUGCAGGUUCUCCGAGGCUAGCCGGCGGGGGUUGUUGUGGAAAUUCAACGUCGGGUGCUCUCAGCGAAGAGAUGUGUUGCAGGAGUCCCGCAGCCAAUCAGGUGCCGCCCACCCCUGCGAGAGGUGCAUGUCCUGCGGAGCUAGAGAAUAAACUAACAAUUUAUGGAAACAACACCAAACAGCUUGAACAACAGUUGGGGAGCAUGGAGUCGGAGGUCCGCAACAUGCAGAUGGAACUCGCGAACGUCCAGCGCGAAAGACAGCAGCUCGAGCAACAGAGGAAACUUUUAAAGUGCACCGGACCCUGCGCCCCCUGUUCAUGUUCUCCUCCGCAACAGUCCCAACAAUUUCCCCAAAUGAAAAAUAUACCCCCAGCUAGUUCGCUUUCCAAGAUGAACCCUCAACAAAUUCCCUCGUGCGGUGGUCCUUGCACCAACGCGCCAAUGGGAGCGAGCAACUGUCCACAGCAGCAACUUCGCGAUCUGAGAGAACAGUACGCCAGAUUGCAAGAUGAUUACAAGAGCAAAUUAUGCGAAGUUUCUGUCUUGAGAACCGAGUCAGAAAAAACCAAGCAGGAAGCCAGGGACGCGAAAGAGGACAAGGAGAGGGCGGAAAACAAGCUCAUAGACCUGGAGGAACGCUUGAAGGCUUGCGAGAGCGAAAAAAAUAAAUUAGCAGGAAGUAAAGAACAACUUGUGGAACAAGAACAAGCGUUGCUCGUGGCCAAGCAAAGAUUUCGGGAGGCUCAAGACGAACUGGAAGAAUUGAGGUCUCUACUUCAAGAUCAAGCCAGUCAACUGGAGGAUUAUCGCAACAAGUAUCUGGUGGCCCAGCAGCAAGUCGAAGAACAACGGAGACAGCUGGAUCUGAUGGAGAUGGACAAUGCCAGGAUGAACGAAAAUGUUACUCUGGAAAUUGGAAGAGUCAAGAACCAAUUUCAAGAAAAGUUAUCCGAGCUCGCCCCGCUGCCUGAUUUGCUGAAGCAGACGCAAGUUAAAUUACAAGAAGCUCAGCAGAUGCGUCUCUUAGCUGAACGAAACUGCGAGGAUUUAUCGCGCGAGUUACUGGCGUACAAAGACAAAGUUGGGACUCUUCAAAACCAGAUGGACAUACUGCGAUCCGAAAAUCAGACUUUACAAGACGAGAAGGCUUCGAUGGCUGCGAGAUGGGAUGAGCUGGAGAGGCGCAGUGCAGAAAUGAGAAAUGAGAAUGAGAGAAUGAAGAAUGCGAUGGCAAGGUUCGAAGAGCACGUUGCCCAGAUGCAGAAACGCAUCGAUGAGAAAAUGCACGAAGUGACGCAGUUGACUACCAUGCUGGACCAAGUACGCGAAGACUCUGCGAGGCAAGUGGCGAGAACGAAAGAGAGAUGUGAAACUGUGAGAAGGUCGAUGCAGGGUCAAAUUGCAGAACUGGAAAGACAGUUGGCACAGUGCAGAGCAACGGCCAGGGCAGCUCAGAAGGAUCGUGACGAGAUCCGUCAAAAGAUGCAAGGACAGAUCAAUAAUUUGAACGAGGCUUUCGAACAUGCUCAAGGUCGCAUAAGAUCGCUGCAGGGCCAUGUAAAUUAUUUAAAAAAUUCCUAUAGUAACAUCUUUCGAGGAGGUCAAAGCCAGGGACAAGGUCAAGGGGAGACUCCGCCAUUACUAUCAGGUGAAACCGGUCAAGGUCAAGGCUACGAUUCUUGCGACUGCAACUAUUGAUAACAAGUAUCAUUACAGAAGUUUUUUAACGUCAAACAUAAUUCCAGCGAGUCUUUAAUUCUUUUUUUUUCAUAUAUUUUGUUAUAUAUAUAUAUUUUCUUGCAAUCGCAACGAUAUCACACCGAUUACACCGUAAAUUCAAAGAACCCUUCAUCUUCGAUUCCAGAUCUAUAACACACGGUGAAAAAAAAAAAAAAAAUCUCCAUUCUAUUCGUUUAGUAUGAUAAUUGACGUCGCGUGAUAACCUUUCUCGUAGAAAGAAAAGAAAAAUAAACAAAAAAAGGGCAAAAGGUUUAUGUAAAAGUUUUAAAAAAAAAUUGUAAAAUCCGAAACCAGUGAAUCGUGAAUUAAUUUUUGAUACGUCCUUGACAAGCACCUGUCAUUUUAUGUCAUGGAAAAGCAAUGGCAAAACUAUUAUACGAGAACUGAUAACAAUGAAAUUUUAAUACAGAUGCGUAUGUACUUUAUUUAAUAAAUCGAGCAUAUAUUUUA